GAAAUCAUAAGCUGACAUGGGAAAGAGGUGCCUUUGGGAUUCCUCAAUAAAAUUGCCGUCUAUCUCUAUGAUUCUCCUUCAAAUCUAAUAUAUCAUAAAAUACCGGCGAGAGAAAGAAAACCCUAAUUCGAUAAUUAGCUCGUUGCCAUCGAAGAACAAGAAGAGAGAUUUUGAGCGAGGUAGAAAGCAGCAACAAUGGGAAAGAAAAAGAAGAGAGUAUCGUCAAAAGUUUGGUGCUAUUAUUGCGAUCGGGAAUUUGAUGACGAGAAGAUUCUAGUUCAGCAUCAAAAGGCAAAACACUUCAAGUGUCAUGUUUGUCACAAGAAGCUCUCCACCGCCGGUGGCAUGGCCAUCCAUGUCCUUCAGGUCCACAAAGAGAGCGUCACAAAGGUUCCCAAUGCAAAACCUGGAAGAGAAUCAACUGAUAUUGAAAUAUAUGGAAUGCAAGGAAUCCCUCCUGAUAUAUUGGCUGCACACUAUGGAGAAGAAGAAGAAGAGGCUCCGUCAAAAGUUGCCAAACCUGAUGUUACAUCUGCUCCGCUUGGUGUAAUGCCAGGCCCAUUAGGUGUUGGAUAUUCUCCACAAACUUUAGGUGCAAUGCAGCCAAUUUACAAUUCUGCGGUGCCAGUUCCUCCUGCUGGCUGGCCUGUUCCUCCUCGACCCACAUGGUUCCCACAAUCUACUGCAGUUUCAAUUCCACCUACUGCUUCAGUAGGAUAUGCACAACAGCCAUUGUUCCCCGUGCAAAAUUUGAGGCCGCCUCUGCCCCCAGCUACAUCUCCUGCCCUUCAAGCUUCCCAAGUAACUCCUCCUGGAAUGCCCUCUUCCACACCACCCAUUCCUGUAUCACAGCCAUUAUUUCCUGUUGUUAACAAUAAUUUGCCUCAAAGUUCACCAUUUUCUGCACCUUUACCUUCAACCAAUAUACCAUCAAGCUCCUCUGCAGAAGCAAAAGGUUCUGUGGAUGUGCAUUCAGGGGUUAAUAGUUCUCUGACAACUAGCUAUCACAAUCCAAGUAUUCCAGGUGGGACAUUAGCAAAUUCACAUUCUUAUGCCUCUGGUCCAAAUACUGGUGGUCCUUCCAUUGGACCGCCCCCUGUAAUUGCUAACAAAGCUCCUGUGACGCAGCCUGCUGUUAAUGAGGUCUAUUUAGUUUGGGAUGAUGAGGCCAUGUCCAUGGAGGAAAGAAGAAUGUCCUUGGCAAAGUAUCAGGUGCAUGAUGAAACUAGCCAGAUGAGUUCAAUUGAUGCAGCCAUUGACAGAAGGAUACUGGAAAGCCGACUCGCAGGUCGAAUGGCAUUUUAGAUCAACUGAUGAUCAUGUAUUAAUUGCUGGAUAUUACAGAAUUCACAUUAACUGCGAGAGGGAGGGGAGUCGUGCAGAAACGUCAUUGCUUGGAUCCUGCAGAUAACCAAUCCUGUAUGUUGUAUUCUUUGUGAGACUGAGUUAGACGAGAGCCAUUCUUUAGUUUAUAACAGAAAUGUUUCGAUAGAUGCUGGGCGAUUCUGCUUUUUUUUAUCUUUCUUUUUCUUUGUUAAUCUAUCGGAAGUAUGUUAGGAUAUAGAUUUUGAGUUUGCCUUGGCUAAUGGUGUUGAAUUUUUCAAUUCCUUCUUUAUUUGUAACUUAAUUGAAGUCAUUUAUUUUUUUGGUGGCAUCAGAAUGAAUUUACAUUCUUCA